UCUUAUUGUUUCUUAAUUUCUGGUAACAAUGUCAAGCAUGAAGGUCAUAAGAAGCAGAUAUAGUUUUGUCAUUCUACUGAUCUUUGUUUCAGCUGUGAUUAAAGCAAAUGCAGAUUAUUUCAAAUGCCCUAAAGCAAGCCUAUGCUAUGGAAAGCUUAUAGAAUGCCCUAAAGGCUGCCCGAGUGCUUACUCCAAAAACAAGAAUGCUAAAGUUUGCAAUGUUAACUGUGAUUCACACAGUUGCAAGCCUCACUGCAAACAUACCAAACCAAACUGUGAUGGUCCUGGAUCAGCAUGCCAUGAUCCUCGCUUCAUUGGUGGUGAUGGCAUUGUCUUCUACUUCCAUGGAAAGAGCAAUGAGAAUUUCAGCUUGGUCUCUGAUAGCAGUCUCCAGAUUAAUGGUCGCUUCAUUGGUCACCGCCCUGCUGGCCGAGGUAGAGACUUUACUUGGAUUCAAGCACUUGGAAUCCUUUUCAACUAUCAUAAAUUUUCUCUUGAGGCCACCAAGGCUGCAACUUGGAGCAGUGAAGUCGACCACCUAAAAUUCAGUUACAAUGGGGAGGAUUUAGUCGUUCCAGAAGGUGCUCUCUCCGUUUGGUACUCACCCGAAAAAGAUGUGAAAGUUGAGAGAGUAGCAGAAAAGAACACUGUCAUUGUCACUUUGAAAGGUAGUGCAGAGAUUAUGAUCAAUGUAGUACCAGUGACGAAGGAAGACAACAGAAUUCACAACUAUUCAUUACCUGCUGGUGACUGCUUUACUCACUUGGAGGUGCAGUUCAAGUUCUUUGCCCUUUCUCCUACGGUUGAUGGGGUGCUUGGCAGGACUUACAGGCCUGAUUUUGAAAACCCUGUCCAAACUGGUGUGGCAAUGCCUGUUUUGGGUGGUGAAGACGAGUAUAGGACAAAUUCACUUCUCUCUGCAUACUGCUCAACUUGUUUGUUCUCACUGGAAAGUGGCUCAAACAAAGAGACGACAUCGGGGACUAAAUCUGGCGUUCUUCUUGACUGCACCCAUGGGGCCUUUGCAGGAUAUGGAAUCAUUUGCAAGAAAUGAGGGCUAUUGAUGUGUUGAUAUGUAAAGUAAAUAAUUGAAGCUAAAGUUUCUAUCAAAUAAAUGGUUGCUUCAUGCAAGUGUUGCACUUAUAAUUUGUUUAUGAUGUCAUUUUAUGUCUGUAAUGGAGCCAGUUGCCGAGCCAGAAGCCCAAAACAUCUGGUUGAAUGCCUGGUUACUUCAAAACCAAAAGGUAAUUGAUGUUUGUCGGUUAUCAGUUAGUGUCAAUUUACCCCUGAAA